AUGCCAGCCACGCCAGCAGAGGCCCUCAAGCUCAAGAACGAAGGGAAUGCGCUCUUCGUGAAAAACGACUUCAGCGCCGCGUACAAAAAGUACUCGGCCGCCAUCAAGCUCGAUCCGAAGAACGCCGUGCUCUACUGCAAUCGCGCCGCGUGCGCAUACGGCCUCCACAGGUACCUCGACGCGAGCACAGACGCCACGAAGGCCACUGAACUUGACCCAACUUACGCCAAAGCAUGGGCACGUCUGGCAGCGGCAGAGCUAAGCUUGGACGCCUACACCCCAGCCGUCAGGGCGUAUAAGCGCGCUAUCGCCGCCCUUCCGAACGAGAACCUCACCCCUGGGGAGGAGAAGCAGCGCAAGCAGUACGAGGCGGAGCUCGCCACCGCCGAGACCAAACUCAAGCCGCCGAAACGACUUACGUCCGGCCCAAGGGGAUGGCGAUGGGGCCGUCGAACACCGAGUUCCCAUGGGUGCGGGCGAACCGCGUGCUUCCUGACUAUGAGGCGGGGAAGGUAUGGGAGAGCAUGGAUCAUACAGUAUGCCCACAUGCAAUGGGAGGGGGCGUACAAGAACUUGAAAGCUGGUCAUGCCGUCCCGGGGCCUCCCGGAGAAAACAGAUGGUUCGCGUACUAUGGAGUCAUUGAGGGGUUGACAAAUGCUAUUGUGAGCGACAGCCGCGUUUAUCACAUCUCCGACUCGAGAUUCCCCGACAUGUAUAACAAUCAGAUGAAAUGGGAGGCCUUCAACGCGAAGGCAUGGACAGAUUUCGGCGCUCAAAAAGUUAUUGAAGAGGUCCCAAAAAGACUCAAGAAGGAAGGAUGGGAAGGGUGGAUCUUCCGCGCCUUCGGGACCAAUGCUUUUGAUCUCAACAAGGGAGCGGGCCUCAACCUCUACACUGCGGCACUGGAAGUUCUUAGGUGGGGCGCAGAGAAGUACAAAGACGUGGGCACGGAGAAAGGCGUCAUUUUCCAGCUGACCUUCAUCCGUGGAGUGAAGUGCAUGCGUCUGGUCCAGUACAUGAAUACCAUGGACUCGACCAGUACCGUCACGAGGCACUCCAUUCCUUUAGACGAGCUGCUCGCCGGUGCGGACGAGAUCCUGGAAGAGCUCAGAGACGAUCCCAGCGAUCCCUCCGAAGCACUGCAGCAAGGCGAAUCCGUAGGAUUCUGGUAUGCGUUCCACAGGUAUCCUGUUGGCGUUGCUCACUCCGUUCGUGGGUUCGCCUUCCACCGCAAAGCCAUGAAGCUUCGAGAGGAGGCCGGCACGUUGACGAACGAGGCCGACCAGCUCUACUCUCAGGCGAGUGAAGAGUACCUCGAAGCGGCGCUGAUCUAUCCCCCGGACGAUUUCUACCACGUCUGGAACUUGCACUGCGCCCUCCACGCCCAAUUCGACGUUUCGGCGUCUGCCCGGUUCCUGAUCUUCGUCUUGGACAUGAUGGAGAAGGCCAUACCUCUCGCCGCGAAGCUGUGGGAAAACUCCGCCGACUGGCCGCGGAUCAGGCCCGCGUUUGAUGCUGACAUGCAGCUACUCUACCGAGUCAACAAGGCGAUGGAAGCGGGGACCAUCCAGGUGGACACUAUCGUGACAAAGGCCACCAUGGGUGUCCCGCAGGGAGCAGAGCGUCGAGCAAUAGGAAAUUGA